CUGAAACCGUGCUCUUAUGCUGUACAUUUGGGUCACGUGGCUUCGACGUUUUGUUACGUCUCUUCUUCUAUGGCGACGAAGAGGCAAAUCAAAUAGACGUGUUAGAAUCUCUGCUGAGCGUAGCACAGGGCUCUGAGAUGGUAACCUGCGUUCUAGCUGGUUCCAUAGCGCAGGUUGCAAGAGGAUCCGCUGCUGAGAAGGAGAGACUGGUUACGAUAUUAGCUGAGAACAUUGCUUGUGGGCCAGUCAUAUUGGAAUUGUUGCACACCCUCGUACCAGCAGGGAGACAGAUGGAAUACGGCGGAACGGAAUCACGUGGACUUUUAAUGGAGCUAAGACGGCGUGCUACGCUUACUGAUGGGGAUUAUUAUACGCUGGGGAAAAUUCCCACAGAAAAGUGCAUUCAAACGUCGGUCGAAUCGCGUUUUUCAAUCAAAGCCAUGAGCAAGUGCUUCGGGUGGUUAUGCGAGUGGGAUCGUUGGGGGGAAUGGGGCGAGAGAUCUUGUCGAGUACCGCAGCUUUGGACUGAUAAUGAUUCUUUUAGACGGGAAAUGGAGACGUAUACAGGUGAGGUUGGCUGGUUCCGCGCAAUGUGGUCAGGACUUGACGCUGAUAGAGACGCAAGUGGACUCUACCGGCUUCUCUUGGCUGCUGAUCGUUGGCCUAGAGAUCCCUUCACGUUUUCUGCUGUAUGGGAACUGGAGAUGUGGAAAGACGGUGAAUUUGUACAGGAAUGUAACUGGUUGGAGAGGCGGGACCAAGUUUGCUUGGCACAAACUGCUGCACUCCUUAUGAUAAGAUCUCUUCGUUUGCAAUCAGAAGAACACUCUUCUCAACAGACUUCCGCUUUACACGAGAACAUGAUAGGGUGGUGUUCGCUGGUUAACAAUAUUCGAGGUGCACAAGAAAAUGUACGAACUGCGUUAUUCGAAGACGUGAUUCGAGUUUGCAGUCAGCUGGAGCUGGAGACAAUUGACAAUGGAAUUGAGGAGCUGGUGUCAGCCAAGCGUGGGUUGGCCGUUCUCAGGAAUAUUCAAUUAGAACUGGCAGAGACGCUGGAAUUCGCCCAAGAGAAAUGGCGUGAAAUGAGUGAAAGAUCUAAGGAACCGCUUCGUUUGAUGCAACUUAUAUUAAAACUCCAAGCCGAUACCAAUUGUGUGAACAGAGCAUUAGUAGAAGAAGCAAUGACAAAAAUAAAACAGACCUUAAGUGCCAAAGACGAGAGUGAGACUCGCCCUAUACUGGCGACUGUCGCAGAACAUCUAUUCUGGUUAUUUGAGAGUACCACUGGUAAGUAAGUACCACAG